AUGCGCCUUCUUCAGAAUCUCGCUACGGGCGUUGCAUCAUGUCUGUUGCUGUUGUUUGCGAGCACGGCCGAUGCACACUCUCGAUCACGGAAUCCUUUAAAUUACCUAUCAUUAAUUGAAAACCCUCGAAUACAAACACCAUCACAAAGGGUGCACUGUACAUCCAGCUUCGACUUGACUUUCGACCUACAUCAGAGCACAGAACAUGUUCGACUGAGCCUGGAGCCGAACAAUGACAUAAUUCACGAAGACUCUUACAUUGAAUAUAUCGACAAAUAUGGCAACAUCAGACACGUUGAGAAAAUGCAGCGUGAGGAACACAAGAUUUACCAGGGUAAGGCUUUUCUGGUUAACGACGACGGAGUAAACCGACAUGUCGGCUGGGCUCGAAUUGCUAUCAGGCGCGAUGGCGUCAAGCCUCUCUUUGAGGGUGCUUUCACUGUCAUGGGCAACCACCACAACGUCCAAUUGAAGUCAAACUACAUGGCCACCAAGCACGAGCUUGAUCCCGAACUGGAAGAAGAUGAAGAUGAGUAUAUGGCUGUCUGGCGUGAUUCGGACGUCAGUCGGCAGUCUCAUACGGAACUGAGACGGAGCGCGGGCCUGACCUGUGCUUCUGACAAGUUGGAGUUCAAUACUCAUCCAGACCAUCCCAUCUACCGCGACUUGAUGCUCAAACGUGACGAUGGCUUCUGGGGAGACAUGGGCGCCAUGUCAAUUGCCAAUAUGUUUGAAAAACGUCAGAGCAACAUCGAUGGCGGCGGGGUGGGCUCAGGCAAUUCAGCGGGAGUCAAUCUGGCUUCUACCAUCGGUAGUACCGCAGGCUGUCCAACCACUCGCAAAGUCGCCUUGGUCGGCGUCGCUACCGAUUGUACAUAUACCGCGAGCUUCAACUCAACCGACACCCUGCGACAAAACGUUAUUAGCUUGGUCAAUACUGCCUCUGAGUUGUACCAAUCUACGUUCAACAUCACUCUCGGUCUCCGCAAUCUGACUGUUUCCGACGGCGAAUGUCCAGGGACACCAAGCACUCAGACGGCGUGGAAUGUAGGUUGCUCAAGCAGCACCGAUAUAACACAACGGCUCAACCUCUUCUCUUCAUGGCGUGGUCAACGAGGAGACGACAAUGCUUACUGGUCUCUCUUCACCACUUGUAACACUGGAGCUGAAGUCGGCCUGGCCUGGCUUGGACAAUUGUGCAAUCACGGUUCCACUUCACAGCAAGACACUAGUGGCAACUCUCAGAGUGUCACUGGCGCAAAUGUCAUCGCGAAAACAUCUAGUGAGUGGCAAGUAUUUGCUCACGAGAGCGGACAUACUUUUGGAGCCGUCCACGAUUGUGAUUCCAGCACUUGCGGCGAUUCUAACGUUGUCAACUCUGGCCAAUGCUGCCCACUGUCCUCCAGCACUUGCGAUGCUAAUGCUCAAUACAUGAUGAAUCCCUUCUCUUCACCAGACAUUACGGCAACCAGUGCGGAAAUGGUAUUGUUGAGGAAGGUGAAGACUGUGAUUGUGGUGGCACCGAAUCUUGUGCUGGGAACAGCUGCUGCAACCCCACAACUUGCAAAUUCAAUACAGGCGCAGUUUGCGACCCCAGCAACGAGGGCUGUUGUACGACGACUUGCCAGUUCGCUUCUGUUGGGACUGUCUGCCGAGCUAGCACUGGUCAAUGUGAUCCUGCCGAGACAUGCUCUGGCACCAAUGGAACAUGCCCUACAGACACCACCGCACCCGACGGGACUGACUGUGGCAGUGGGCUUGAAUGUGCCAGUGGCCAGUGCACGAGUCGAGACCUCCAGUGCAAGACUCUCAUGGGUAGCUACACGAGCGACAAUGACACCUAUGCUUGCAACAGCCAAACCUGCAGUUUGA